CGAAGAGAAAGAAAUGGAGAAGACGGCGUUAAAAAAAAUAAAAUAAAAAGUGGCGCAAGUGUGUGAAAUGAAGCGCUGUGUGGGAUUAGGUCGCCCACACGGACGGGGAGGCUGUCUCUUGCACAACCCAGCCAAUUAUGUGGAUAAGUAAAUUAAGUCAUUUGCAUAGAAAGAUAUCGAUACACCCACCGCUUUUCAUUUCUCAGCAACUCCCUUUACUUAUCAUACAUUCAUUUAGUAUUGGUUUUUUUCCCCCCCAAACAUUAUUUCUUAGAGCAAGGAGACGGAAAACAGUGCGGCCGGUAUUGACGGUUAAACGCGAUGACUUCAAACCAGCGUCUAUCGACACGAGCUGCGAGGGAGAGCUACAAGUUGGGAAAGGAGAUGAAGUGACCAUAACGUUACCUCACAUUCCGGGCUCCACGCCUCCCAUGACGGUCUUCAAAGGAAACAAGCGGCCGUACCAGAAGGACUGUGUGCUCAUCAUUAACCAUGACACCGGGGAAUUCGUGCUGGAGAAGCUGAGCAGCAGCAUCCAGGUCAAGAAAACCAGGGCAGAGGGCAGCAGUAAGAUCCAGGCCCGAAUCGAACAGCAGUCGGUCCGGUCCAGCCAGCCCAGCUCUCAGUUCCGGGCCCCCACCAAGCCCGGGGCGGGCGCCAAGACGUCCCCUUCCCCUUCUAAGGAUAACCCCUCCCCAGAGCCCCAGCUCGACGACAUCAAAAGAGAGCUGCGAGCAGAGGUGGAGGUGAUAGAGCAGAUGAGCAGCAGCGGCAGCAGCAGCUCCUCUGACUCAGCUAGUGCCUCGGGGAGCGGCGACGACAGCAGCAGCAGCGACGGCGAGCACGACGCCCCCCGACCGCUCAGUCAGACCUCCCCCAACCGCCACCCUAUGGCCAACGGAGGAGCCGACCGGCAGCAGGGCAACAACCAGCUCAUGAACACACUCAGAAACGACCUUCAGCUCAGCGAGUCAGGCAGCGACAGCGAUGACGACUGAACUCUCUGCCGGUCAGUCUCUCUCUGUCCACACUCCUCCUUUCUGCCUGGUUCGCUUGUUCCUUUGCUGUGGUAGCUGACCCCAGCUGUAUAUCAUGGUUUGACUGUAUUUUUUUAUUUUAUUUUAGUAUAUCCUUAAAGCUGGCCAGCCUGGAACGUUAAGAGUGUAUUUUUAUUAGAUGUAUAUUUUCUUUUGUAUAGGA